AUGGCGGACGCGCCACAAGCACCCGCGUUUACUUUUGUAUGCCUCGGUGUAAGCGGUGGUCCUCUGGAAACCAACUGCUCGGGCUACAUCAUGAAGCCGGGAGAUCAGCCCUGGGACAAGGGGGCGACUCUGGUCGAGGGGGGAUCAUGGCUCGGCGCACUUGUACGCAUCCUCGAGGAUCCGGACAACACUGCAUUCGCCGAUGCACCUUUUCCGCCGGGCAUCUCCGCAGAAAGCCGCGCAGAGAUGCUCAACGCUUGGGUAUCCCAGGUACUGAUUUCACACGGGCACUUGGACCACACCCUCGGCCUGAUUCUUGCCUCGGCCUCCCAGCGCUCCCAGCGAUCCAUCUACGGAUUUAAGGAUACGCUCGACUCAUUACUGGGCGUGUUCAAUGGGCGUAUCUGGCCACGUCUCGCUUCCUAUAACGCCAGUGAUCCGUUGGCUUUUUAUCAUUUGCGCCCGUACGUGCACAUUGCGACUGACCGUAGCAUGGACGUUGGGAUACCGUUGCUAUUACAUCCCGGAAUUUCAGUGGUGCCGUACGCAAUCAGUCACGGCAUGUCGAUCUUGGAAGAGGGGGCCGAUGCACACUCGCAGUUCGACAUGCCCGUCCCAGACGCAUGCAGCUUGGGGCCCAUAGCCCACUGCGUCUCCACCGCAUUCAUGCUCACUAACUGUCGCUUGGACCGCGACGUUCUCGUACGUUGCAAUAUCUCGCUCACACAGUUCCUCGGCGAUGUCGAGCCAGACUCUAUUGGCGGAAUGCACCUAAACAAGAUGCUGUGGGAAAAAAUUGCGCCGCGCGUCGCGGCGAAAAAGAUGACGACCAUGUUUAUUGAAUGCAGUUUUGACUCCCAGCUGCCCGAUAGCCUGCUUUUUGGACACCUCACGCCGUUGCAUCUGUACGCAGAGCUGCGGUCACUUGCCAUGUGUGUAUGCCAAGCGAGGAAUGCAGCGCACCCAACGCGUACACACGAGCUGGAUCAGUCGCUCGCUGACCUCACCUGUGUCAUUACGCACAUCAAGGCGAUGCAUUUGCCGUGCGUAUUGCCCUCUACUGUAAAUGUGGGCAUGCCCGAAAACAUGCCGAAGGAGAUGGGGAAGCCGGUCGAUGUGUGCAAUAAUUGCUCGCACGCCCUUCCCAUUCCUUUGCCGGAAAUUAUCGAGAGAGAGCUUGCGGAGCUGGAAGCAAAGGAACGCUUGGGCGUCAAGUUUAUCAUCGCCAAACAAGGACUACGAAUUGGUUCGUACACCCGCUCUGCUCACGCUAGAAUGCUGAAUUUGUAG